CGAACUUGAGACUUCAAAUGCUAUCUUCACAACUUUGUAAAUAAAAAAUCAUUCUCCGGAUUGAAUCGAAGUUUCAACUUUCAAUUCGCCUAAAAAUAAUUAACUUUUUUUCAAACGUAACGUAUAUUACUUCUCACACCCCACAAUCCACUAGAGUCAGCAAUAUGUCCAGCCACCCCUGCCUCUUGUGUUUACAAGUUAUCGACGACACCGCAGCGAAAUCCUUACAAAAAAUCAGAAUAGAAACCGUGUGCCAGCUUCUAGUUCCGCGUCAUUCUAAUUACAAAUCUUCUAAUCAAUCCGAAUUUGAUGGGGACGAGGUGUGCGAAUUUUGCGAUGAUUGUUAUCCUCUCUUCGGCACAAUGGAAGAAAUUAAGAACCAAAUUUCUUUGCUGGAGGAACAAAUUGGAAAGCAAAUUCAACAAAUUCGGGCCACAAUUUUGGACGGUUCCUCUCAAUUCGGAAGUAAUGGGUAUGAUGGAAGAGAGAAAAUUAUGCAAAUUCGUGACAUGAUUCUCAGCCUGACAGGUGAGAAUGAGCAACAUGAUGAACAUUUUGUAUCAGGCGAGGUUCUAGUCAAAGUGGAACAUGACAAUUUUGAUAUCAUCGGAGAUGUGGAUGACCACUUUGAUGACCACUACACUUCCUAUACUCAAUCUAGUGUUGAUAAAACAGGGGAAGAGGGAACAAAUGAUUUACUAUGCGACGAAAUGGCCGACGACGACACGGACUUUUGUAUUACUCCUUAUUCACAAAAGAAGUCGGGACGGAGGUCUAAAUCAACUAAUAAGAAGCCACCACUACGGAAACGAAAAAGAGAGGACUAUCCCGUGGCAAGAAAAAAAUCAAAACUUACAACAAUAUCAAAGCGGAUCAAGGUGGAAGCUUCUCGACCAUCAAACCUGCAAACGACACGAUCUUCAACUCGGGUCAAACAAAAAAACAUCCAACCCAAAUGUGUCAAAACUCCUGUAAUUUUGCUGAAGAGACUUAAACCUAGAAGUAAAAAAUCCACUCCAAGGUCUAACUUCUCAUCAGAUAUAAAACCCAAACCCGACGAGGACAUGGAUUGUGUACCAAAAACCGAAAAUGAUGACAUCGAACUAUUCGAACUCUCCUCCGACAUUAAAGUCAAGCGUAAAAGUAAUUACAUUCCUUCUCCCAAGUGUAUUCCUUGCCACUCGCCGUUAUGCACCGUCACGUUUCGCAGCAUACGGGCAAGGGACGCCCAUGCAAAACUUGCACACGAGGGUCUCUCCCCUUAUCAAUGCCAAAUAUGCAAGAUAAAGUGUCGUCGCGAAAACGACCUCGGUGCUCACAUGGUGAUUAUGCAUGAAAAAGGAGAGAAGAAAUUUCCCUGCAUCAAAUGCGUCAAGAGUUUCUGUCUCGAGGAAAACUUGGAGAGGCAUUUGAAACUGCAUGACGUUGAAGACACUAAACCACUCGUUUGUGACGUGUGCGACUCAAGAUUUGAAAACGAGGAGAAACUGAACCGACAUGAAGAGAUACACAAGGUCAGGUUUCGGUGUCAGCAUUGCGCAAAAAAAUGCAAGGACAGGAAAGAGUUGGAGAGACACGAACGCUCUCACACUGGCGAAAGACCAGAGAAAUGUUCUCUUUGCGAAAACUGCUUUGCCAACAAGAUCACCCUGCAGCGUCAUAUGAUUCGACACCACUCAUCAGCACCCCCAGCGAAUAUUUGCCACAUUUGUGGAAAGGGGUUUUACCUUCCCAUCGACCUCAAGACGCACCUUGACCGUCAUGAUGGCAAAUAUCAAUCCAAAUGCGACACGUGUGGCGAAACGUGUUUAAACUCCGCUUCGUUACAAUCUCAUCGUAUUAAGGUGCACGGCGAGGACCCCGUCGUUUGCGAUGAAUGCGGUGGCAAUUUUACAUCAAUGGUAGGGUUAAAAGUACACAAAAAGUACUCCCAUGCAGGAGUGAAAAAGCACAAAUGCGAGACUUGUGGUGCUUGUUUUACCCGUAUGGACGUGCUGAGGCGUCACAUGCAGUCACACAACACAGAGCGACCCUACACCUGCCCCCACUGCCCACAAGCCUUCAAGGUGAACAAAAAUUUGGCCGAUCACGUGAAGCGUAUCCACACUCCUGGCUACGUUCCCCCCACCCCUUACAAAUGCCCUCAUUGUGGCAAAGCAUUCCAAUUUCCUGUCUAUCUGGAAGGCCACAUCCGUCAAGCCCACACGGGGGAGCGGCCCUUCACUUGCGACCAGUGUGAUAAGGGGUUCGCCUUGAAAUCAGCGCUAGCUCUGCAUUCGAAAGGGGCCCAUGGCGUCGUUCCGGAGACGAAAGAAAGGCUGCCAAGGUCGAAAAGAGUUGCGUUACACCAGGAAGAGGAUUCAAGUGAUUAGAUUUUGCCUAAUAUUACUAAAUUACGAUUUUGGAAUUUGUAAUAUCACCUUAUAAAAUAUUGAACAAUUAAUAUGCAUAUUUUAUUUUUUAUACCGGAUACUUUAACAGAUUGUAAAGUAAUUUGAUCAACGCCAGCACUUUAAAAUAUUUACGAAUAAAUUCAUAUAUACUUGAUAUAA